GACUAGAAUACAUUAGAGAAUACUUUCUUGAUGAAAAUAAAUUUUAAAUUUCCUUUUUGAUUUACAUAUUUUUUUGUUAAAGGUAGAAAUGUUGGAGCCGGUAACUUGUAAACUAUGUGGUAAGCAAUCAAAACAAAAAUGCGCUGGGUGUUUGUCUGUCUCCUACUGCUCCAGAGAGCACCAAAAGCUCGACUGGAGUUCUCAUAAAAAUGCCUGUUGCUCUUUUACGAUCAAUGAGGUGGCAGGGAUGGGGAGGUGCCUGACGGCGAGGAGGGAGAUAAGGGUCGGGGAGGUGGUGCUGAGGGAGCGGCCACUGGCCUCGGGGCCCCCCCAGGUCACCGGCCCGGUCUGCCUCGGCUGCCUCAACGGCCUCCAGGGGCCGGGGGUCGACUGCCCCCGCUGCGGCUGGCCCAUGUGUUCCUCCGCCUGCGCUGCAUCUCCCGGUCAUCGUCCAGAGUGUCACUGGGCGCAAGUCAAGCGCAAGGAGAAGGUAAAAAUAUCUAAUUUCACAACACCUCACCCGACUUACGCUUGCAUCACACCAUUGAGGCUGCUGUACGCCAAGCACACGGAUAGCAAGCUCUGGGCUAAGAUCUCCUCCCUCGAGAGUCAUCCGGAAGAAAGGAAAAAAGACGGGAAGUGGGAACAGGAGAGGUUCGCGGUGGCCAAGCUGUUGCGGAGGUUCUACAAAUUAGAAGAAGAAGUAACGGAGGAUGAGAUAUUGGAGAUAUGCGGCAUUAUUCAGAUCAAUGGCCACGAGGUCCCGCUGAGCGAACCAGGGACGAUAUCCCUCUACUGGAAAGGUUCCCUGCUGGAGCACAACUGCAGGCCCAACUGCAGCAAGUCGUUCACGGAGAGCGGGGACCUGCUGAUCAGGGCGGCGGUAGCUAUAUCCCGGGGGGAGCGCCUCUCCAUCUGCUACACCGACGCGCUCUGGGGUUCGCCCUCCAGGAUGAUCCAUUUGCAGCAGACCAAGUACUUUCAAUGUCGGUGUAAGAGGUGCAGUGAUGUCACCGAGUUCGGAACCUAUUUCUCGGCCAUAUCAUGCACUGAUAGUGAUUGCAAAGGUAAGCUAUUGCCUCCUUCUUUCUUUAACUUGGGCUCAAACUGGAGCUGCAGCAAAUGCUCCUCUAGCGUGGAUGAAAGUCGGGUCACCGAGGUGCUGUCCAAAGUUGCAGUCCAACUGGUCGAAGUUGACAAGAAGAGUGCGACCUCUUGCAAGAACUUCCUUCAGAGCACGAGAGACCUCCUCCCCGAGAACCACUUCCAGAGGGUAGAGGUGAAGCUGGCCUUGGUUCAGCUGAUCGGCCAAAGUUCUGGAGGGUUGGCCACGGUCAGCGACGAAUGGCUGACUAUCAAAGAGUCAUUGGCUAGGGAACUGAUUGCACUGUCAGCGCUUCUGUUUCCAGCUGAAUGCAGGCUGCGAGGUGUGGUCUACUUUGAACUUCACGCUGCAGUAGCAGAGCGGGCUAGGCGAGAAGCUUCAAGAGGUGGCGAUACUUCAGUACCAGAGCACUUACUUGAAACCCGUAACUACUUGGAAUCGUCCAUCAGUCAACUCAAAUACGAACCUCAAUCUCUUCCUGAAGGCAAGAUCUGCAAACAGGGUAUACAGAACCUGAAGGACCUCGACAAACUUUUGCAGGCUAUGAAUGUAUCUACGUUCAGCUCUUUGUGAACUCUUGUUAGAUCUAUCCUUGCAAAACACGACCUGUUAUUGCAUACCCUACUUUAGCAAUGAAGUAGUGAAAUUGUCUUGUGAAUCUUAUAGACCAGAGGCAAUGUUGAAUAUAGUACCUAUAUUGUACCCACUGGUACACAUAUCUGAUACAUUGUUUAUAAUGUUAAUAAACUGCGAGGAUUGAAAAUAUUGGAAAACUUGAGACUACUUGACCAGACCAAAAAAUGGUGGUUUAUUAUGAAAACGUAGGUAUAAUUCACGAUCCAUUCAGAAGUUUACAACACUUAGACCAAAUCCUGAAGCACGUUACUCUAUCCCUUAUGGUAUGGAUCCAGGUGACCACCUAGGGUCUGAGCUGCCUAAUUAUACAAGUCUUUAAAACAAAAAUAAUUUUAUAUUUUGAUUUUCGUAUUAAAAUUACAUUUCAUGAAACCGAAUAUUUUGAAAAUGUUAUUGUGUAGUUAAUUAUCACAUGAGAGUUCUCUGUCACCUAUAUCCAAUUCUAGACAGAAUAUAUUUUUUUUAUCUAUAAAUAAUAUAAUAUUCUGCAACAUGGACAAUAAUUAUUGUAAGGUCUACAUCAACACUAUAUGUACAGAAAAAUGAUAAAAGAAAGUAAAUAAAACCAAACAAAGAUAAACCUAUAUAUACGAAGACAGAAUAAUUAAUGAAGAAAUUAUUCAACGACCACUCCUCAAUUAAUUUUUUAUUUCUAUCUAAAAUAGAAAUAAUUUUUACAGCAUCAUUUAUUUACUAGAAAACCCUUUCUGCUUUCACUUAAAAAAUAUUAACUUAUACCUGUUAAUUAACUAUUUCAGAUGAAAUUGGAAUAUUUCAUUUGCUCAAAGUGCUCAAAAGUGUAGCUUUUCCUGGAGAUUUGCGUAUUUUCUAUAUUAUUUAAUUAAUGAUACCUAAAUCUGAAUAAUAAUUUACAAAUAUAUUUUAUCAGUUUAGAUUUAUACUGUUUAUAAUUUUAAAAUAUGUAAUAAAUUAAUAUAAAUAUGGAUCUU